GUCGCUUGCAAAACCAGAAUGUCCAAAACCCAGCAACGCACGAUCCACAAUUUGUUUGUUUCGCCAUUCAGUUUUGCUGCAUUCUUAACCUGCUUCGACGAUUCUUUUCUUCCACCAUUCAAUUUCAACGCACGAUCCACGAUUCGUUUCUUGCCGAAACUAGAAUGCCCGAAACCUUCGAUUCAAUUGAUUCAUCGACAAAUUUGUUGUAUUGAUCCGCUUCAUUAAAUUUCCUCAAUCGUCGAUUCAACUUCGUUUUUCUGGUGCGAUGGCGAGUGACUCUUCGUCAAGCUCUGCUUCCGGCGGAGUCAAAAUUUAUGCCUAGUAAUAUCCUCUGCCUCCAGCGAAAUAGGGCAUGUGUUGCCUUCCUCCAAAUUCAUCACCUUCACGAUGCCGAGGUACGAGAACGUGGCUUUCGGGAGCUUGUCGCUGACGAAAGUAGCAACAAUGAUUGAGGGGAUGACGGCGGUCCGAAAUCAGAUGUGGUGCCGUUUUUUAUGUUGGAAAGAAGGGUUGUCAGAAUCCCAAGCUUCUCCCUUCUUCACUAGAUGUGGAUCCAAAUCCAAAUCUCCGACUCCUCCUCUGCCUGGCUUCGCCGUUGCGCAUCUUUCCUGCCUUUCGGCUUCUCGUCCCCGGUCGCUUGGUGUCAGCAUCGUUUCGUAGCACCGGUUGGCAGUGGGAGGCUGGUGAUGGAAGGAAAGAAUGAAGGAAGAAGACAAAGACGAAGGGGACCACAGGCUUUCAGUAGCCUAUUUUAGAUUUUUUUUAUUUUUACUUUCACAAAUCCACGUGGUAAGUUGUUUCGCCACAUCAGAAAAAUGUUAGUCUAGUCAGCGGUUAAAUCUUUGUGUUAAAUUUUUUGACAAAAUUGGACAUUUUGUGUAUUUCGUGAAAAGUGGAUAUUAUUGGGAAAUGCGUGAAAUUUUUUGCUAUGCAGAUUUAUUUUGCCUAAAUGUAAUUAUAAACGUGUAUCCCUUAU